UCUUAUAAAUAUAAAUUUAAAGACUUUAUAGUGAAAUGUUUGAAAUUAACAUUUAUCCAAGACAAUAUUUAGUCAUAAAUAUAUGGGAGCUGGGGUAGCAGUAACGUAGUUUGUGGUAUAAUAUUCUGGCAGAUAGUUUUUGAAAUGCAGAAAGGGCAGCAUGGCAACAUCAAGUAAAGACACUGAUAACAAAGAUGUUAAGGGUCUGGUAUUUUCACCAAUAAAGUCACCAGUGGCAGAAUUACCGAAAGGUAAUCUCACUGGAAAACCAAGAAAGUUAAAAGAUGGAGCUGCUGAUGUCCACAAUCUAAUUUUAACAUGGAAAGGACUUAAUAUAGAUGGAACAAAUUUAUUUAACCAAAUUGCAAAUAUAAAACUAGAAAAAGUGUUUCAAGUAGAUGGAGGAACUGACGAAGAAAAAUGUAACUUACCAUCUAAUCUUGAACCAUUGUGUGAACAGUUACUUAAGCUUCAUAAAGACAUGAAAAGAGUUGUUGUAAAAUUAGUAAGAAUUAGUGAAAUGAUUAAAGGCAUUAUAGAAUUAAGUGAUUAUCAACAUGGAGAAACUGAAACUGAAGUUUUCUUUAAAACAUGGAAUCUUCAUGAUUUCUUUCAAACAGUGAAUGAAAUUUGUGAAAUGUUUGAAAAGGAACUGAAGUUAAAGAGAUGUUUGAUAGAAAAUAUAGCACACAGCAAUAGCAGAAAACUUCUGAUGUUUUAUUCAGCUGCGUGGAUACAUCAACCUUACAUAUCAGCACAACUAGAUCUUCUAGUAGACAGUUUAUUACUUGAAACUGGAUUAAAAUAAUUUCAUUAUCUUGUGAGUUGUGACUAGUAUCUACAUGUAUUAACAUUGACUUAUAAGAACUCCAUGACUGAUUCUCAGAUGUAGAGCUAUUGUAUGGCAGUUUUCAAUUGUUAUGGAGAUACUUAAUGUGUUUUAAAAUACAGAUGUGAUGUCAUCCAUUGACAUUGGCGUACCGGUACCAUUAUUUCAAAAGAUAGGUUGCCAGGCAACGAAACAUUUGCCCACAGCAGCUAAAGUCAAUUGAAACGAUUAUAUAUAGGUGUAAACACGGUGUAUAAAUAUAAAAUCAAUCAGAGGAUAACUAUGGUCUCUAAAGCAUCCACAAUAUUUUUUAAAGUGAUCAAGGGCCAUAACUCUGGCAGUAAUUAUCGGAAAUCGUUGGAAGUCAUUAGGUUUCUUCGUCUGAUGACCUUAAACACUGUGUAUAAAUUUAAGGUCAAUCGGAUAUUAACUUUAGCCUCUAGAGCAUCCACAAGAUAUUUCAAAGUGAUCAAGGGCCAUAACUCUGGCAGUAAUUAUCAGAAAUCGUUGAAAAUCAAUAGGCUUCUUCGUCUGAUGACCUUAAACACUGUGUAUAUAUUUAAAGUCAAUUGGAUAUUAACUUUAGCCUCUAGGGCGUCCACAAGAUUUUUCAAAGUCAUCACGGGCCAUAACUCUGAAAGUAAUUAUCGGAAAUCAGAGAAAAUCAAUAGGCUUCUUUGUCUCAUGACCUUAAACACUCAAUAUAAAUUUAAAGUCAAUCGGAUAUUAACGGACGGACGGAUGGGUGCAUGCGAUGACAUAUACCGACCACAUUUCAAUGUGGGCAGGCGUAUAAAAAUGUAUGGGCAACUUGCCAACUGUACAUUAUUUAUACUAGAUGAAAUAUUGGACUCAUGUGACGUAUAUCAUUGAAAAGCAUGAGCGGGAUAGUGUCUGUAUUUUAAGUUGAAUCCAAGUCGGGAGAUUAUCUACCAACUUGCCAACUGUACAUUAUUUAUACUAGAUGAAAUAUUGGACUCAUGUGAUGUAUAUCAUUGAAAAGCAUGUACGGGAUAGUGUCUGUAUUUUAAGUUGAAUCCAAGUCGGAAGAUUAUCUACCAUUGAUAUCUUGAUUUUGUUUUCGGAAUUACCUGUAUCUUAGUACUUUUUAGCAUGGAUUAAGAUAUGUAUAAUUUGAUAUUGCAAAUGACCAUCAGCUGCUAUAAUUAUUCACAAACUAAGUCAUUUCAAGAAUAACAUGAUAUAUUUUUAUUUUAAUAAUUUGUUUCCAAACAGGUGUCAAUAGCAGUGGAAGGAAACAGGAACUCCUGAAGAAAAUCCAAGAGAUUAGAUAGACGUCCCCACUUCCCAACUUACAAACAUACCUCGAUAACAUCCCUUAUGACCUAUUGCCCAUAUGUUAAGACCAUUCAGCCACCCCACACAUAUGAAAGAUUUCCAUACCCUACAGUAUUUAUAUCAACAUUUCUUAUUAAAAGACAUAUCAGUUUUUGGCUAUCACACCAUUUGACAACACUUCACUCACUGAAUAAACAAAUGAAUUUAAUAUUAUCAAUAGUACAAAAUAAUUGUACAAUAAACAUGGACAAUUUCUCUUUAAAUAACAAUAAGACAUGAGUGCAACUGGUAGUAAAUCAGUAAAAUUUACCUGAAAAAAUGAUAUUAAUGUACAUGCAAUAUGAGAGAAAUAUUUUACUUAAAUAUAUAUGAUCAUACACUGUAAUAUGAUGAAACUCUUACAUCCUUUUAUAAUAUAAAGCUGCCUUUUAAUACACGUCAUAUUCAGACCUCAACAUCAUAUGUUUAUCUUAGAUAAUAACGUUUUACUAGCUAAAUACUGGUAUUUCAGGUUUGAACACCACUAUCGGUAAUAAGUUAUUUGAAAAUUCAAUGUCCUAAAUUUUCAAUAUGCAGGGAAGGACUGAAGUUCGACUUUACGUGUCAGCAGGGAUCUGGUGUAUAAGUGUACUUAAGUAAUAGCACAUGAACAGUAGCAUACAUGUAGUUUUAUUGUUGUAAACCAAGCUCUUUGCAGCAAACUGGUUUAGUGAAAAACAAAAUGUCAAGAUUUAUUCCAAAUCUCAAGACAAAUCUAAAUUUAUCAGUUUGAUGAAAUUACCACAGGAGCACAUGAUGAGACCUGAGGCAGGAGUCAUCAGAUGUUCUAGAAAGAUUAAGCAUACAAUAACCCUGUUUACAUUACAAAUUUUAAGCGUACUAUGCACGGUACCAGGUACGGCACGCUUCGCUUUUUUGUAGUGUAAAUGGGUCCAACGUAAGCGUGCCGCGCCUGGUACGGUGCCAAUCUGGCCAACUGAAGUGAAGCGGUCUCGGAACGGUACCAGGACUGGCUCGGUUUAAAUUUUCGUAGUGUAAACACUAACCGGUCUGAGCACGGAUUACUGCGCAUGCGGCAAAUGAACCUUGACCUUUUCCCCCCGCAAACUUUGACAGCUCUGUCAUCAGUUCUGUUAAAAUUGCUGCUCAAACUAAAUCAACCAUCAUAAUUGUUUUCAUCUGGGUAAUUUGUAUAGGGACUGAAAUUAACAUUUAGCGUGCCAAGCACGGCUCUGAGACCGGUUAUUUUAGAGUAAUGUAAACGGGUAAAUUUCUUGAAAUUUAUCGCGGCCUGGUACCAUGCCCAGAACGGCACUUGUAUCGUGGCCAAGUGUAAACGGGACUUAUGUGUCAUGCAAGACACUUCAAUCAUCACAACUUGUAUCUGAAAUCUAUGGUGGCAAAAGCAAUGCCUAAAUUUUUUAGAAUAAAUGAUGCAAGUGUUGAAAGGGACAGUAAAGUGUGAACAGGUAAAUAUUUAGAUGACAAUGUGCAUUAUACAACAUAAACGGUCAAUUUUUGGUUAAGUUCCCAGUCAGUAGGUCAUACCUGAUUAUCACUGCAAUAAUGUGGAUUAUGCCUUUGUAUAAUCUGUAGGAUUGGACUUGUUUCUAGGUUGUGGGUAGACAUCAAAUUUGAGUAAAUUUUUAUUUUUGUCUGAGAAUUUUUCAUGAUCUUUGGUUUUUCCUCCUAAAACAUGGGUUAUUUUUAAAAAAUAGAUAAAACUAUUUAAUAUUCCAGAUAAGAUUGUUGCCUGAGUUACGCUAUUACGCUAAUGCAUGGAAACUCUAUGAUUCAUGAUAAUGAGUGGUAAAUCUUUAAAAGCUACUAGUAUAUUUGAUAUAUAGACUAGAAGAUAUUGAACAUUUUCCUCUACUAAAUGUUACUUUAAUACUAAUAGUUAAUACUAAUAAUGAUAUUAAGGUCCAAACAAGCAAUAAUGAAAAUCAACACACUUUCUUUCAUAAAGACAUAUUAGUCCCAAAAUCUUUUAAAUCCACCAAAUCUCAUUUGAGUUUUAGCCAUCUGGAAUUGAUAUUAGUUUCUACAUAUUGUGACAUCUAUUAAUACCUGUGUCCUGGCAAAUAAUAAUUCUGAAAUCAUUUCCAUACAAACCAGGACAUUGUUUACAGUUUAUUUUGGGGAGUUUCUGGAUCAGAUUACAUUGCAACAAAUAAUGGACCAUCUGGCAACACUAGUGGCAAUAGCCAAUACUUGUAACUCAGUUCCUUAAAUCAAUAAAUGUAUGGAAAGUCUAUUUGAUUUAUGUAAUUUUAUUCAGUUUACCACAGUGUGUAGAAAUAUUUUUCUGUCCCUAAUUGAAUGGGAAUUAGGUUUAUUAUUAGACUCUAUAAUAUGGCUAUCUCUGUAUAUUUUCCUGUAUUUAUUCUGAAUUUAAAUGGGCUUCCAGUAUGUGAAUUGUAAACCAUGUAUCUCUGUUCAUUUCAGUCAAUAAAUCAAUUUUGAAUUGGUCUGGUCUUUUGUAAAUUUCUUGCAAGCUAUUCCACAAACUGUUUAUAUUCUACUGAUACA